CAAUUUCUUGCUUAAUAAGAACUCGGAAGGCUUUCACCGAGGAAAAAGACUCCAACUAACUUAACUGCCUCAUACAGAAUGAAAAGUGCCUUCGCAAGCCUCUUUGCUAUAAACCCAACAAAAAGCUUCAACUCUUACAUACAAACAAGUGUUUCUCUGCUGAAAAUUUUCUCCAAUCAACGCUUGAUCACUCACGGCAGUGCUCUUCAUGGGCAUUCGAUCAAAAUGGGUAUUUCAUCAGAGAGGUAUAUAGCCGUUAAACUGCUUAUUCUCUACCUGAAUUGCAGAAAAUCAACCGAAGCUGAUCAGGUUCUGAAGGAGUUUAAUGGGUUUGAUCUUGUUGCGCAUAAUUGUUUGAUUGCGGCUAGUGUUGACAAGGGAAAUUUGGAUGAAGCUCGUAGGGUGUUUGAUGAAAUGCCUGAUAGAAACGAGGUCUCGUGGACAGCGAUGAUUUCCGGGUUUUUUAGAGGAGGAAGAGUGAAAGAAUCGAUGUGGUACUUCGAGAGAAACCCAUUUCAGAAUGUGGUUUCGUGGACUGCGGCUAUUAACGGGUUUGUGCAAAAUGGGUUGAAUUUGGAUGCAAUUAAGUUAUUUCGGAGAAUGCUUGUAUCUGAUGCUAUGCCAAAUGAUGUCACUUUCACUUCAGUUGUCCGGGCUUCUGCAGAUUUGCGUGAUUUCGGGUUGGGAAUGAGCGUUUUGGGGUUGAUUGUUAAAUUCGGGUUCGAGCAUAAUAUCUCUGUUUGUAAUUCUUUGAUUACAUUGAGUUUGAGGUUGAGUGAAAUUGAUUUCGCUCAGAGAAUUUUCGAUCGAAUGGAGACAAAGGAUGUUGUUUCUUGGACUGCAAUCUUGGAUAUGUAUGUUGAGAUGGGGAACUUGAAAGAAGCACGUCGGAUAUUUGAGGACAUGCCUGAAAGAAAUGAAGUUUCUUGGAGUGCUAUGAUUGCAAGAUACAGCCAGAGUGGCAAUGCCGAAGAGGCAGUGGAACUUUUCCGCCGGAUGGUUCAAGAUGGGGAUGAUCCCAACAGAUCGUGCUUUGCUAGCAUUAUAAGUGCAUUAGCUAACCUUAAGGCUUUACAAGCAGGAAUGAAUAUCCAUGGACAUGUUUCGAAAAUAGGGCUGGAGAAAGAUGUCUUCAUUAGUAGCUCACUUAUUGACUUGUAUAGUACAUGUGGGGAAACCGAAGAUGCACGCUUAGUGUUCAACUUGAUUUCAGAAAAGAAUGUUGUGUGUUGGAACUCAAUGGUCAGUGGUUACAGUAAGAAUGGUCAAGUAGAAAAAGCUAAGGAGGUGUUUCACCUGAUACCCAAUAAAAAUAAAGUCUCCUGGAACACUAUGAUUGCUGGUUACUUAGAAAAUGAACAAUGGGAUAAGGUUUUUGAAGUCUUCAAUCAGAUGCUUUUGUUUGGGGAAACGCCAAACAAAUCUACCUUCUCAAGCAUUUUAUGUGCUUGUGCUACCAUGGCCUCCUUAGAGAAGGGAAAGAAUCUACACGGAAAAAGUUUUAAGCUUGGACUUCAAAAUGAUGUUUUUGUAGGAACUGCACUGACUGACAUGUAUGCAAAAUCAGGGGAUAUUAUGAGCUCAAAGAAGGUAUUCAGUAAAAUGCCUGAAAAGAAUGAGAUUUCUUGGACUGCUAUGAUUCAAGGGCUUGCAGAAAAUGGAUUUGCUGAGGAAUCUCUGAUUUUGUUUGAGGAAAUGGAGAAGACCAAUUCAUCUCUUGUACCCAAUGAGCUAAUUGUUUCAGCGGUUCUAUUUGCAUGUUCCCACUGUGGGUUAGUCGAUAAAGGACUUUGGUACUUCAAUUCCAUGGAGAAGGUCUAUGGUGUAAAGCCAAACACUAGACACUACACCUGUUUGGUUGAUAUGUUAUCCCGAUCUGGACGCCUUUCUGAGGCAGAAAAAUGUAUUGAAACCAUGCCAUGGAAACCUGACUGUAACUCGUGGGCAGCUUUGUUAGGGGGUUGUUAUACAUAUAAGGACGAGAGAAUGGCAAAAAGGGCAGCUAUGAAGCUAUGGGAAAUGGGAGAGGACUCAGAGGAGAAAUCUGGCGGUUAUGUUUUGUUGUCAAAUAUUUAUGCUUCAGCUGGUAGAUGGGUUGAUGUUUUGAAUACUAGAAAGUUGAUGAAAGAGAAGGGACUGAAGAAAAGCAGUGGUUGUAGUUGGGUUGAGGUGAGGAAUCAAAUCCAUCAUUUUUAUUCUCAAGAUGGAAAUCAUAAUCAGUCAGAAGAGGUAUAUGGGAUUUUAGAACUCGUAAAGUCUGAAAUGUUGGCUCCUUAGACGUACAUAAUUUUCAACAUUCAUUCUUUUGAGUAUAUUCAGAAUGUUUGGAAUGCUCAUUCACAUCGUCCAACAAUCAAAGCCUCGAAGUACGCUUCAUUAUUCUUCCGAAAAUUACGGAGAAAUGGUUCUAAGUGGUGAGGACGAUAUAGCAUCAAAAUCAGUAGAACAAAGCAGGAUUAUUGAAAGGUUUUGUAGCUAAAUGUUAGACAAAUAGAGCUGAAUUUCAUGAAAAGACUGUUUUUCCUCAAUGAAGUGGAGCCGAUCAACAUGUUCAACAUUGAAUCUGGUGAGAUUGGUGACACACUGUUUUGGCAUAAAGACAGCUACACAAGGUGCCUGGAUCAUGUCAUAUUAGAACCAUGGCCAUCAAGCAGGGUUUGAGAAUUCAGAUGCCUGAAGUUUUUGCAACCAUGGUGGUUUUCAUCCUCGCCUAUGGCACAAUGCUUGUUGCAUCACACAACUCUAAAGAAGUUGAUGAAUGGUAUAAGUCGCUCAGUUCCGAUCCCAAGCAUCCUUGGUAUAAACAAGCAUUGCCUCCACCGCCUAAUGACUACUUCUACCUGUAUACAAAGAAUUGCUUGGACGCCAUAGGUGAUGACAAAUGUGUCAAACAGAUAUUUGAUGGAAUUUUUGGUAAGACUGGGGUCGAUGUUGAAUGUGGUUGCAAGAUCAAGAAAAACGGGCACAUGUGCAUGAUGGCUGUGGCAGGGACUACUGGCCACAUGGACAAGUACAAGGCUGAAGCCGAUAGUAUCUACAAGACGACCAACAAAAUUUUGGACAAGUCUGACAAGCUUUCCAAUUGCCCAGCAGCCUAAUUUGUUUUGACGUCGUACCUUAGCAGGCAUUUAAUAGAAGUAUUGUUAGGCAUUUGAUAGAACUAUUGUACUCAUAUGUUGUACUCCUAAUGUUGAACAGUGUGCUAUAAACUGAUCAUUUGGAACUGUAUUAAUAAAAGGUUAUUCAAUUUUGUCUCUCAA